AUGACGGCAACCUACUUGCCCUUGGUCGUCGCCUCAGCUGGUGUGGCAACACACCUUUUCUUCUUCAAAGUUGGCGAACACUGGUUGUACCCUACCCGCUACAUUCAAGCAUUCUUUCUUGGGUGCGUUGUCACGAUUGUGGCUAGAUCGCAUUAUGGCAAUAUUCCCGCAAAAGAUUCUCUUGCAUUUACCGUCAAAUAUGCAUCACUGUAUCUAGCUGGCCUUUACACCAGCCUGAUCACUUACCGCCUGUUCUUCAAUCCGUUGAACAAAUUUCCUGGUCCCUACUGGGCGCGGCUGUCAAGAUUCGACAUGGUCAUCCGGUGUGCCGGGAAGAGAAAUCUACACCACCACCUGCUCGCCAUGCAUCAGAAAUAUGGCAAGUUUGUGCGGCUUGACCCCAACAGCAUCUCUGUCACGCAUCCUGAUGGCGUGGAAGUCACGUCUGGUGUCAAAUCCAAAUGUACUAAAGGCGACUGGUAUGGAGUGGACCUUCCAUUCAUUUCCAUGCACACAUGUCGAGAUCGGGCGCAGCAUGAUCGACGUAGAAGGAUCUGGAGUCCUGCAUUUAGUGACAAGGCACUUCGGGGCUACGAGAAUCGCGUGCAGAAGUAUAAUGAUCUGUUGAUCAAGAAGUUGGGGGAGUCAAAUGGGCAACCGAUGAAUAUGGCGAAAUGGUUCAAUCUAUACUCCUUCGAUGUAAUGGGCGAUCUCGCCUUCGGUGACUCAUACCAGUGUCUCGAAUCCGGGGAGAUGCACUGGGCCAUCAAGCUGCUCAAUGAUGGCAUGGAUAUUAUCGGCUUCUGGCUGCCAAACUGGUUCUUCCGGCUUCUGCUCUCCAUCCCUGGCGCUGCUGCAGAUCACUGGCGGUUCAUUAAUUACUGUUGCGAACAACUUGACAAGCGGAUGAAGAUUCAAGGGAAGCUCGACAAUCAGGACAUUUCGCACACGUUGAUUGAGCAUUUCAACCACUCGGACCCCAAGGCGCAGAAGGCUCAGCUACCCAUGUUGCAGGGCGAUAGCCGACUCAUUAUCGUCGCUGGGUCAGACACUACCGCGGCCACCUUGGUGCAUUUGUUCUACCAUAUCGCAACGGAAAAAGGUCUCAUCCAGCGACUGAGGGAGGAGCUCGACGAGUUGGUGAAGUCUGACGAGGCCAUUGACGCGCAAAAAAUUCAGGAUGCACCGCUGUUGAACGGAUCGAUCAAUGAAACACUAAGACUGAAUCCUCCUGUGCCAAGUGGAGUAUUCAGGAAGACGCCCAAGGAAGGAGUGGAAAUUGGGGGCGUCUAUAUCCCGGGAGACACGGUGAUCCAGAUGCCGCAGUAUGCGAUGGCGAGAGACCCCGAUCUCUACCCCUCCCCACUCGAAUUCAUCCCUGAACGACAUUCUUCCCGCCCAGAGCUCAUCCUCCACAAAGAUGCAUUUGCGCCCUUUUCGGCAGGUCCAUACAACUGCAUCGGCAAGAAUCUAGCCUACAUGGAGAUUCGUCUUUUGACGGCGAAUAUCAUUCGGAAAUUCGACGUCAGACUAGCAGAAGGAGAGACUGGGCAGGAUCUACUGAUGGGGACAAAGGACCAUUUCACCCUUGGGCUGGGACCUCUGAGACUGUGCUUCCAACCAAGGAAGUUGUAA